GGAGGCAGUGGCUUGUCACUCAUUCUUUGAACAGUGUGCUGGCGCUGAUCUUCUGCCGCUGCUACAUCGAUAAUCAACCAAUUUGCCAUACGAAAAAUAAAUAUCUAGCAAUAUGGGAAUGUAAUAUUUUUGAAAAUAUCAAGAACAAUAUCAAAAUAUCAAGAACAACCACAACAUUCUUCAUUAAGACAUUUGCGUGGUCUAAUCAAGGAGUUGCGAUGCUCCACGCAAAGGAUAUCAUCCUAGCCUUGCUUCUCGUGGGCUCUACAGUUUGUCUGGAAGUGGAGAUCACCCCCACCCAGGGAGAGAUCAGUGUCGGAGAGUCCAAGUUCUUUCUGUGUGAAGUUGUUGGGGUAGCAAAGGAGAUUGACUGGUAUUCUCCGAGCGGGGAGAGGAUAGAGCCCAACAAACCAGAGAUCACCGUAACCCGAAACGACGAGUCCUCGUCCACGCUCACGCUCUACAAGGCCGGGGUGGACAGCGCUGGGACCUACAAGUGUCUGGCCACCAACGGAGACCAGUCAGCAGAAGCCACCGUCAACGUCAAGUUCUACCAAAGGAUCACCUUCAAGAACGCCCCCUCCCCCCAAGAGUUCAAUGAAGGGGACAACGCCAACAUUGUCUGUGACGUCAUCAGCUCCCCUCCCCCCACCAUCAUCUGGAAACACAAAGGAGUGAAGAUUCAGAUGGAGAAGGAUGUCCGCUUUAAGAUCCUGCCCAACAACCACCUGCAGAUCCGAGGCAUCAAGAAGACAGACGAGGGGUCGUACACCUGUGAGGGCCGCCUCAUGGCCCGGGGAGAGAUUGACCUCAAGAUCAUUAGGGUCAUCGUCAACGUGCUCCCUACCAUCCGGGUGUGGCAGUCUGAGGUGAAUGCCACAGCAGGUGUGGACCAGUCUGCCAUGUUGACCUGUGCUGCUGAUGGAUACCCAGAGCCCAUGGUGACCUGGGCACGAGCCGGUGUUCUUCUGGAGUCAGGAGACAAGUACAGGUUUAAUAAGGACGGUUCAGAGAUGACCAUCAUGGAGGUAGCCAAGCUGGAUGAGGGAGAGUACACCUGCAUCGCUAAGAACAAGGCUGGGGAGAGCGAACAGGAAGUCAGCCUUAGAGUGUUUGUGAAACCUAAGAUCACCUUCCUGCUGAACCAGAGUACGUCUGAGAUGGCUGAGCAGGUGACUCUGACCUGUGAGGCGUCAGGGGACCCCACCCCCACCAUCAACUGGAGCUUUGGCCUGCGCCCCUUCACUGAGGGAGAGCAGGCACAUCUAAACAGGAUCUAUCAGGCCUCUUGGACUCGGCCCGAACAACACAAGAGUCUUGAUGGGAACGUCGUAGUGAGGAGUGAUGCUCGUGUGUCCUCCCUCACGCUGAAGUACGCCAAGUUCACCGACGCUGGCCAGUACCUCUGCUCUGCACGCAACGCCAUCGGAGUGGAUUCUCAACCCGCCUACCUGGAAGUCCGCUAUGCUCCUAAGAUCCAGGGCUCAGUGACAGUGUAUACCUGGGAGGGGAAUGCAGCUAACAUCAGCUGUGAGGUCCUGGCCCACCCCAGUGACGUGUCCAUGCUCUGGCUGAGGGACGGGUUUCAGCUUCCCAACGCUAACGUCACCAAAGCCAAGGUUUUCCAGAGCCCCACAGCCAGCUACCUGGAGGUCACUCCAGAGUCUGAGAAUGACUUCGGGAGCUACAACUGUACUGCUGCCAAUGAGAUGGGCACAGAAUCCAAGGAGUUUCUCCUCAUUCAGGCUGAUGUCCCGUCAGCCCCGUCCCUCGGGGAGGUGGAGCCGUUCUCCAGCUCAGCCAGGGUGGAGUUCCAGGAGCCUGACGCCACCGGGGGUGUACCCGUCCUCCGGUACCGGGCUGAAUGGAAGACUGUGGGCAGGGGCAGCUGGGUGCAGAUGGUCUAUGACGUCCAAGGAGGAGCUCUGAGUGAAAUAACCAUCACAGGCCUGAAGCCUGAGACCAACUAUGAGGUGAAGAUGUCAGCCAUCAAUGGCAAGGGAGAGGGUGAAACUAGCCCCGUUGUGGUCUUCAAGACAGAGCCUGUCCGUUAUUCUUACGCAAAUGGCAUUUUUCAUUUUUUCACUGAGGACUCAGAAGGUGAACCUGAACCGCCUAAGCUGGAGGGAACACUCCAAACAAAAGGCAACUCCCUCAAAGUCAACUGGCUCAAGCAGGACGAUGGAGGCUCACCCAUCACACACUACCUAGUCCGCUAUAAACCAAAGCAUCAGGCCGACUGGAAGCCAGAGAUCCGGCUGCCCGGUGGCAGUGAGUAUGUGGUUCUGAGCGGACUGGAGUGGAACACGGAGUACGAUGUGUUUGUGGUGGCAGAGAACCAGCAGGGGAAGUCCCAACCUGGAACCCUGACCAUCAGAACCUCUCCAGAACCCGCUGCCAUCCCAGAUAUAGACGGGGAGUCUGCCCUCUCCACGGGCAUCAUGGCAGGGAUCCUCAUCUUGGCCUUCGUCCUGCUGCUCCUGGCUGUGGACGUCACCUGCUACUUCACCAACAAGUGUGGCCUCAUCAUGUGUCUGUGUUGCAAGCCAGGCAGCGGGGCCAAGGGACACAACCUAGAACAGGGCAAGGCUGCAUUCAUAAAGGAUGAGUCCAAAGAACCGAUAGUGGAGGUGAGGACAGAGGAUGAGUGCACAGCCAAUCACAACGCAGGAGGACCCACGGAACCCAGUGAGACCACACCCCUUACAGAGCCAGAGCUGGCCGCUCACACUGCUGCCCUGGCUCUGGAUACCCUCUCGUCUGUAGCCACCAUCUCUGACACAGCCAACACAACCUAUGACCCCGCCCAGGACAGCCCCUCUAGUGAGAGCACCGCUCUCACCUGUAGCCUGUCUGCCCUCGCUACUGACCCCCUGCCUGCCCCCGCCCCGGCACCCACCCCAGAGUCCAACACAGCCCCCCCAACCCCCUUCAUCUCCACCUCUGACAUCACAGCUAGAGUAGCCCCCCUGUUAGACCUUCUAGGAGACAGCUCUCCUAGAGCAGAGGACAAAAUGUAUGCCACUGCUGUUAGUGCCACAGAUUGCCCUAAAUCUCCUAAAAAUUCCCCUAUUCCAAUACCACCUAGGCGUCGAAACUCUAACAGACCUGCUCCUUCUCCUCCCACUCCCAAGAGCCCCACGCCUACCCACUCCACCACCAUGGCCCCCAGAAAAUCUGCCCCGGAAAGUCCCUCUCUUGCCCCCUCCACUGCCUCUCCUAGUCCAAACACCAGGAAAGCUUCUCCUAUUGCCCUAGACAGCCCCUCUCCUGCUCCUAUGGCAUUCACUUUCCCAGCCUCUGACACCUCCACCUCUAAACUUGCACCUACUGCCACCAGCACUGCUAAACCUGUCCCUGUUACCCCUGUCCCUGUUACCCCUGUUCCUGUUACCCCUACUGUCCUGGGCUCUAGUACACCAGUCCCUGACCCUGACAAACCUGACUCUACUACCAAAGACACUCCCACUCCUGCCCCUAAUAUAGACCCCACUCCCACUACCACAUCUGUCCCUAGUGCUCCUACUACUGCCUUCAAUGCUGACAUAACUGCUGCUAUCGUUCACGAGGACACAAUCAAAUGUGCCCCUGUUUUCCCAGACAUUCUCACUAGUAUUCCAGUUCCCACAAGUGCCCCCACCACACCUGCCCCUAAUGCUUCCACUGCCCCGAGCUUUGCCACACCUGCUGCCCCCACGGUCACUAUCACACUGGCUUCUACUAUCUACGACACCCCAACACCCACUCUGACCCCCCACAUGCCCACCACCACAGCACCCCAAACCCCAGAGAUAGAGUUAGAGUUGACCAAUGGGGUGGAGACUGAGAGUCCCUCCAUUCCCCCAGUAGAGCCCACUAGGUUUCAGAGUAGUCCCACUCCCUCCACUGCACCUGGCCUUUCCUCAUCCUCCUCCCCCCUGGCUAACGGAAACGGGUUUGGGGCAGACCUCCAGGCCUCAAGCCCCCCAGCUCUGGAGGAGUUAGACAGUCUGGCCAAGGCUGCUCCACUCAACGACGAGAAGAUAUUUGGAGGUGAGAAAAGUAAAGCGGAGGAGGCUGAGGUGAAGACAGCCCUGUCAGAGGUGACCACAGAACACAACAAUGUCACACAGAGAAACGCCAGCGACAACAAAGCAUGAUUGGGCAGCCUCAGCCCAUCCAAGAUGGCGGCGGCAGCAACACUCAUUACAGUCUGCAGCAGUUUUUCUUUCCAGUGCCCUUACUGCAUUUCCAGAACAGCAACAUGUGUCUGUGCAAUAGAGUCCAUUAGAGCACGAUCUGAUUGUGCAAACAUGUUUAUUCUCACGUAUGAUGUGUUUUGCUACACACAUGGAACACUAAAGAAUUCCAUUUGAGUGAUUUCAAGUGGUAUAGGAGGCAAAAUUCUAGUUUUUACAACUACUCAGAGUUAUAAUUGUUUUCAGUGAGGAAAAACAAUGGAUUAUUCAGGAACAUAACACUGAGUGUAGAAAACAUUAGGAAUAUCUUCCAAAUAUUUAGUUACACCCCCCUUUGCCCUCAGAAUAGCCUAAAUUCAUCGGGGCAUGGACUCAACAAGGUGUUGAAAGCAUUCCACAGGGAUGCAGGCCCAUGUUGACUCCAAUGCUUCCUGCAGUUGUGUCAAGUUGGUUGGAUGUCCUUUGGGUGGUGGACCAUUCUUGAUACACACGGAAAACUGUUGAGUGUGAAAACACAACAGCAUUGCGGUUCUUGACACACGCCUGGUACCUACUACCAUACUCCCUUCAAAGGCACUUAAAUAUUUUGUCUUGCCUAUUCACCAUCUGAAUGACACACAUACACAAUCCAUGUCUCAAUUGUCUCAAGGCUUAAAAAUCCUUCUUUA